AUGUACCGUCAGUGUUGGCGGCGCCUCGGCCGCAGCGCCCCGGGAGCGUGGAACCCGUUGGGGGAGUCGAACCGCCUGCAGCCGCACGCCUUCCCACCAAGCAGGAAGAAGGGCCCCAGCAACAGCAACGUCUUCGCGAGUGGCCAGUCUAGCAUCCACAUGUACGCCAACAAGGAGAACGCGUGGAAGGACUACACCGAUGACCGCUUUUACGGCGCGAGGCGGCUGAAGGAAUACUGGCAGCGCAUGCUGAAGGACCGUGGCAUGCGGUACUAUCUUUUUGGCACCAUAGUUGUGGGGGCUGUGGCGGGAUCGAAGCUAUGGCAAAUGCAGGAGAAACAAAAGAAGGCCUUGGGCCUCAUUGGCCCCAAGAAGAAGGCAUAUCGUAGUCGCCUGACAAUCGUACUGGAUGUCGAUGAAACAAUUAUAUCGUACGGUGACAAGGCGUUUCGCAUGAAAGCGGGCAUGAUACCGCGACCGUACCUGGCGGAGCUGCUGGACUACCUCACUGAGAUCGAUGCAGAGGUUGUGCUGUGGUCGGCGUGCAGCGAGCGGUAUAUGCGGCAGGUGCUCAGCGUUAUCGACCCCGCCGGAAUACGCAUCUCGCAGUACAUUGUACGUCACAGCGAUUGGUUCACGCAGGAUAACUACUACGAGAAGAAUGCCCUCUGGCUGAAGCGCCCGCUAGAGGACACACUUAUUGUGGAGAACCGCCCAUUGAGUGUGCGCAACUGCAACGGCAACGCCAUUCUCGUGGACGACUUUGUUCGAGGUGAGUACAUGGAUACAGGCCAGGACUAUCCCCCCAACGAUCACGCGCUUCGCACACUCAAGUCAAUCAUUCAGGAGCUUCAGGAAUCGGGCCAGUCAGUGCCGCAGUACCUUGCAGACGUUAAACACCGCAAUAAGGAUAUCAAGGAGAUUCCGUGCCAUUUAGCGUUUCGACAGCUGCCAGAUGAAUUGGCGCGUGGUGUCUUCUACUUCGUCGGUGAUAAGUACAAACACGCAAAGCCUGCAUGA